GCUACACCAGUUUCCGUUUUGCGAUUAUGGGUUGAUGUAAGAGUCCUGUUUCAGAGAGAAGAUAGUUUUACUAAGAUAUUAAUUAUUUUUCCUAUUAACACUGUUAUUAGAAUUUCCUUCUGGUUCCUUGAAGGUGUUUGUUUUAAUAAAUGGACAAACAUAUUAACUUAUAAUGGAAGGUCCAUUGGAAAUAAAAGAUUCUGCUACAGGUGCAGAAGAACCUAUUAAAUCAGAAGCACCUGUACAGAAUCCAGAUAGUAGUGAUCGGAGUGAUGGUGCAGUGUCACCUCCACCAAAUUGUAGUAUUUGCUUAGGCAAAUUAGUGAAUACAUCAUUCACUGAUAGUUGCCUCCAUCAAUUUUGUUUCACCUGCCUGCUUCAAUGGUCUAAAAUAAAAACAGAGUGUCCAUUAUGUAAACAGACAUUCAAGUCAAUCAUACACAAUGUUAGGUCAGAAGAAGAUUAUGAUCAAUAUCAUAUACCCAGAGAAUUGGCUACUUUGGACCUUAAUUUUGAAUUGGGUCAUACUAUGGAUGUUGGCACUCAUCGUUUUCAUUAUAGAACAACUAUGACAGGACAUCAUAGACGUUCACAUGAAAUAGUGCUUAAUCCAGAACAGGUUGCAAGAAGAGAACAAUUGCCAAGUAUAGCACCACAAGUCCCAAUGGGAGAGCGCUUACGUAGACGUGCAAAUUCAGCUGAUUAUCGUCGUACAAUUUAUAGGCUCGGAAUUUGGGCUACUGCAUUACCAGAUGUUUUUGGCCGUUUUCGCGAAUGUAGCGCCGACUUUUAUAGGAGAGAACCAAGAGAAUUAAAUCGGCUUAUACCAUGGCUAAAUAGAGAAUUGCAAGUAUUACUUAAUAACAAUGCUCCGCAUGUCGCAUAUGUAUUAGGAGUUAUAUUGGAUGCUCUUAGCCAGUAUGAUAUCAGAAGUGCGGAAUUUCGAAAUAUAAUACGCGCUCAUUUCGGCACACUUACAGAUCACUUUGUACAUGAAUUACUUAAUUAUGCGCGAACUAAUUUCGAUUUAGUUGGCUAUGAUCAAUCUGUAACUUAUUUACCACAAGGGUUGUCAAAUGAAUAUGUAUCAAACGUUUUAUCACCUGCAUCUAGCAGUAGUAGUACUAGUUCUGAUGAUUCAGAUGUUCGAGUGCUAGAUGAAGCAAUCGAUCUUAGAAUGAACACGGAAAUACCAAGUGUAGGGCCACACACACUCAGCAUGCCUGGACCUAGUACUGUAGGACAGGCGUUUCAGUUGGAAAUUUCAUAUAAUGUACCAGAUGUAUUGACUAUUUCUUCUGAUUCCUCCUCAUCAGAUAACGAUUGUGAAGUAAUCGGUUAUGUGAAACCUCGACAUGAAAGAACACCAGAAAUCAUAGAAUUAGUUUCAUCUGAUUCUGAAGAAAUAAAUAUUUCGCAUGUAUCAAAUGAUAACACUCAAACUGCAGCGUCUGUUUUGUAUGAAGAUAUUGCCCAACCUAGUACAUCUCAUAGUAUUAAGAAACGAGGAUUAACAUCUUCAUCUAGUUCAUCUAAUUCGGAUUCAGAUAGCGAUUAUACUUUUCGCAGAAGUAGAAAAUAUCAAAGUCGUACUAGAAAACGUAUAAGAAGAAAUACAACUAGUAAAAGACGUAAUCGUUCGGUAGAAACAAGAGUCCGUAAUCGAACAAGUAGGAAUUUAUCCAGUUCUGGGGAAAGUGACAUUAGAAAAAAAGGUCCCAAAAGAAAUACUCAACGAAAGAGGAGAUUAAGUAGUAGUAGUGACAGUAGUUCACAUGAGAUUGAAUCAAAACCGACGGAUGAACAAAAAUCGAGAACUUCACAGUAUUCUGGAAAGGGUACUGUCCGUGUUCGUAAAGAUUUAAUUAAGAAAGAAACUCGGUAUUCGGAUGAGGAAUCAUUCAGUAGUAAUUAUACCACUGAAUCUGAUGAAUUUAUUAAAAAUGUAAAAUCUCGUAUGUUACCAAAAUUAAAAAGGAAAUACACCACUGGUCCAAGUGAUUUUGUUACAGCCAAGAGUGAAAGAAUAAUUAGAACUAGAGGUAAAGCUAGACAAGCACCAGAUAUAAAAGAAUCUCACCGAAAAGAAUCAAGAUACAAGAAUGACCGACAAUCUAUAUCUAGAAGCAGUAGUGUAUCUUCUUAUGCAUCUCAAAAAGAAAAAAGAGAUAGUUCUAGACGACGAGAAUCUCAACGAGAUAUGAGCGACGACGAUGGAAAUUGGAUAACUAGAGAUGUGUCAAGAAAAGAUCGUGAAUUCAAAUCCAAAACGAGAGAAGACAUUUUAAGCAGCUCAGAUUACGAUGAUGAUUUUAGAUCACAUAGUCAGUGUAGUAAUUAUUCGAGUAAAUCAUAUACACACAAAAAGAAAUCGAAGCAUAAAGAUAGGCAUAAAAGUAAAAGGAGGAAACGGUCUAGCAGUAGAACACAUAGUUCGAAUCGACCACGAUUAACUCGACGGCAUCCUGCUUAAAAUUGAAUUGCAACAUUAAAACAUUCCGAUUUAAAAAUUAUUCAAUUAGAAAACUGAUAAAUGUGUUUAACUCCUACGAAAUUUGCAAGGAGUCAUAGAAGAUCUCAGGGUUACACCAAAUCAAAAUCAAUGAAUUCCGA